AGCACCCCAACGCACCAAGAAGAAGCAGCUCUUCAACGCUACUGCUACUUCCGACGAAGAUGAACGUGUCCAGAAGAGCCGUGCUGGGUUUGAUUCUCCUUUGUCUGUCACCAUCAUCUUCUGGAGACUCCACAACCCUCAAGAUUUUUCCUGGAGAUAAUGUCAUUCUGCCAUGUCACGUUCCAAAUGAUAUAUCAAUUGGGGCUGUGAUGUGGACCAGGUCUUACUUGGAUUCAAAAUAUGUAUUUUUUUACCAAAGCAAUGCGUCUGAUCCAGACACUCAGAAGUCAGCUUCUCUGAGUCGCAUAUAUCUGCUGCAUACAGACAUGUGGAAUGGUCAAUUGUCUUUGUAUAUAGUGGAGGCGACAUUUGCUGAGAUUGGAACGUAUGAGUGUCAUGUCGCCCAGACAGGAACAAACAACUCUAAGGCGGCCAUUUUGAAGACCAAGCCAAUCAACACUCUCAAUCUGACAAUGGAACCAAUGAAAGUCUUCGCUGCACCUGGAGAAAUUGCCAUUCUGCCAUGCGAGGUUCCAAAUAAGGAGUCCAUUGGAGCUGUGAUGUGGACCAGAUCUGUCUUGAAUCUAGAAAAAGAACUUUUUUACCAGAGCAAUGCAUCUGAUCCAAGCACUCAGCCGCCACAUUAUGCGAACCGAGUACGUCUCAUGUAUACAGACAUGCAAAAAGGGAAAUUGACAUUGUUUCUGUAUGGCACGACAUUUGAUGAUGAUGGAACGUACGAGUGUCAUGUCACCCAGGUAGGAACAAACAACUCUAAGGCAGCCAUUUUAAAGACUACGCCCAUCACAAUCAUCAAGCUGACAAUAGUACCAGUACCAGAAGGGUUUGAGAUUGACCAGAGAUUGGAAGCUUGUGAUCCAGCUACAUUUUUUCAGCCACUUGUUUUUGCUAUGGGAGCUACUGUUGUCAUCACAGGUAUUUUGAAAUAUUGUGUUUGCUGGCAUAAGGCAGCUCCAUGCAUAGCGAAACUGCUUAUUAAAGAGUAAUAUUUUUUCUUUAAACAUUUUGAACUUCUUCAGUGUUAGGUUUAGUUAUUAAUGUAUUUCUGUUCAUGUAAUAUUGUUUAAGAGUUUGUUAAAAUUAACUGUAAAGAGCCCAGGUGGUAUGUUAUAUGUUUUUUUGGUCAAACAUUGAGGGUUGGCUGUGAUGUAGGAUUUAGGAUGGUGGGAAAGAAAGACAGCAGGCUGAGCUGAAGGUCAGAGAGUUGGAGAUGUUAAGAUUUUGACUAUGAGAGACCAGAAUGGAAAAAAAUAGAAAUUAGUACAUUAGAGGAACAGGCAAGGCUGAGCAGUUCAGAGACAAAAAAAGAAAGAAAAAGCAAAGUGGAAACAGUGGAGAUACAAUGUAUAUACUGGACAAAUGCUUUUGAAGAUGGAGGAAGACCACAAAGAAGAUUUGUGGAUUGAGUGAAGAAGGAUAGCAAGAGUGCUAGUGUAAUGAGGAGGAUGCAAGGGAUAGGAUGAGAAGCAGGAUGAUCCCAAAGUAAAUUUGCCUUGCCACAUGUAGUGUUUCCUGUCUACGUUAGCAUUAGUUUUAUUGUUUAAUGUUCAGCUUCUGAGCUUUCUGAGAAAAAAAAAACAUGUUGCUUUAAAAAAAAAGGAAAACUUUAUGUGGUUUUAAUACUACACAUGAUAGCAGUGUGACUAAUGCAGACAGCAAUCGUAGCAAUGGUAGAUGAAUUUUCUGGUUCUCCAACAUCCAAAAAAACCUAAAAAUAAAUGUAGCUUAGAGUAGUUUUCAAAUCCAGGCUGCAGACAAUCCAAGUGCAC